CGCCCCCCCAUCACCACAGACCCCCCCCAGACCCCAAACCACGACCCCCCCCCGACCCCAAAGCCGCCCCAUAGCGACGUGGAAGGGCUGAGGGCUCACGUGGAGAGGCUGGUGGGGGUCCUAAAGGAGGUGAAGCUGCAGAGUAACGCCAAGGAGGAGCAGAUCCGGGCCUUAAAGGAUCGAGUGGGGAGGAUGGAGAGAGUCAUCCCGCUGUGCUGCACGGACGAAUACCCGGAUGUUGCGAGUGGGGGCGGAGCUAAAGACGCCGCCAAACCGGAAGCGGAAGUGAAGGAAGCGGAAGUAGAGGAAGCGGAAGAGGAAGAAGAAGAAGGGGCGGCGGCCCGGCUGUGCCGGUUAAUGGAGGAAGAUCCCGCGUUCCGCCGGGGGAGGCUGCGCUGGUUACGGCAGGAACAGGCCCGGCUGAUGGGGAUGAUGGGAAGCGGAAGUGGAGGCGGAAGCGGAAGUGGAGGAGGAAGCGGAAGUGGAGGAAGCGGAAGUGGAGGCGGAAAUGGCCCCCACGCCCCGUUACGUCGCUCAGCUCGUUUCCUGCCCCCCCCCCAGGACUGCAAACUGCGCUUCCCCUUUAAGAGCAACCCGCAGCAUCGCCUGGGGUGGGGGGGGGGCAAUAACCAGGAACAGGCUCCGACCCCCCCCCAUGGCCAACAGCAUCAAAGCCCCCCCCCCUUCACCACCGCCCCCCCCACGAGGAGGAGGUCGCCGGCCCGAAGGCGCCGCAGAUCGUUGGAUGGGGGGGGGGGCAACAAGCUGAUCCCCCCUCCUUUAAUACAGGAUCGGAAUGAAGCCCCCCCCCCACAUAUACCGACACAGCCCCCCCCCAUGAGGCGCCAACACUCCGCCCCCGAUCUGAAAGCGAGGGGGGCUCCAUAGGGAUACAAUGGGGGGGGGGGGCACAUAUUAACACCCACCCCCCCAAUUAAAGACGAUCAGGGCUCAGGCCCCCA